AUCACUGCAAACAAACCGCAUUUUUUGUACGGUCUACUGAAGUGAACGUGAUUGUAAAAAUGUCAACAAACGAACUAAGCUCGCUCUCUGCGCUAGCCAUUCAAGCAAAUGUUGCAGAUUCCCCACAGAAAAAGUCCCUUUCGGGGAAAAUCCUCAUCGGAGUCACUGGUGGAAUUGCAGUCGGCCUUUCGGUCGUUUGCUAUCCAUUUGUAGCACCAGCAUUGCGUAAACACUGCCUUCCGUACGUACCUGCUACAGUCAAACAGAUCGACAAUGUGCUGGCGUCGGUUCGAAGGGGAGCUUGUUCGACGAGCGACAAACUGCUGGACAUUGGUUCGGGGGAUGGACGGAUCGUGAUUGCCGCUGCCAAACGGCUCCACCUGGAAGCACAUGGAGUGGAGCUGAAUCCUUGGUUGGUCUACUAUUCGCGGCUGGCAGCUUUGAAGGGAGGCGUUUUCGGGCAAACCAAGUUCUACCGGAAGGAUCUGUGGAAGUAUGAUAUUUCCGGAUAUAAUAACAUUGUGAUCUUCGGAGUAGAGCAAAUGAUGGCUGAUUUGGAAAAGAAGAUCCAAAAUGAAGCGAAACCCGAAUCGACCAUCAUUGCCUGCCGAUUUCCAUUUCCCACCCUGCAGCCAACGAAGACCAUAGAGGACGGAAUCGAUUCGGUAUGGGUAUAUCGGAAUGUUAAAUAAAUGGAGUGAAGUUGGUUUCGUUUCGAUUUGUAAUUUAUAUGGAACUGUUAGACAUGAUACAAAGAAAACAAAAAUAACACGAUAUUGAUUAUGCA